AUGCGGAAGACUUUCGGAGAUGAAUUCCGACCAUCUGCUAUCAAAAAGCUUGUUUUUGGCUAUUAUAAACCAAAGAACCAGUCAAUAUUCCAGUUUGACAGCAUUCUCAAUCACAAGAUAAGCGAUAUCGUCAAUUCAUUUUCGAACGGAAAACCAGUUUUGAUUUUCUGCACCACCAGAAGAGGAACCGCACAACUUGCCCGCGAGUUGGUAAGACGGAAUGAGUUUCUAGUGUAUCACAGUCACCGAAUUCAGUAUGCAGAAAAGCUCAAAGAUCCGCAUCUUAAAAUUUGUUUUUCUAGGGGCGUUGGCUAUCAUCAUGCUGGACUUGACCCAGAGGAUCGUCGUCUGAUCGAGCAGGCCUUUACCUCCGGUUGCCUUCCGAUUUUAGCAUCAACAAGCACUCUAUCCAUGGGCUUGAACCUUCCAGCCCACUUGGUAAUUAUAAAGAACACGGAGCAACUCGUAAACGGAGAGGUGAGAGGCUACACCUCCACGCAGAUAUUACAGAUGGUUGGUCGGGCCGGCCGACCACAGUUUGAUACUGAAGGCAUCGCUAUCAUAAUGACUUCUGCGGAGCUAAAGGCUCACUACGAAAGUGUCUUGUUGCAGAGUGACACCAUAGAAAGCUGUCUUCACACAAAAUUAGCUGAGCACAUUAACACGGAAAUAUCUCUGGGACGAGUCGAGACCCUAAGCGAUGUCACAGAGUGGUUUAAGAGUACUUUUCUUUGCGUGCGAAUGAAGAAGCUACCGCAGCGCUAUGGUUUACUUGAAACUCGUUCGAUAGAUUCAUUCAAUGGACAAAUAUCCGACAUUUGCUUCAAAGAAGUGCUUACUCUAGAAAGGCUGGGCCUGCUCACACUGGGCGAAGAUACCGAUGUUAUACACAAACGAGAACUUUGUCACUUAAUGAUGAAAAACCACUUGGAAUUGGCCACAAUAGAGAUGAUGUGGGGAUUAAGUGGAGAAGAGUCGCUGGAACAAUUAUUGCAUUUUGUCGCCGGUUGUCCGGAACUGAGAGAUAUUCCCUUGCGUAAUAACGAAAAGACGCUUCUAAACAGCUUGAACCACACACGAGGACGUCAAGCUCUUCGAUUCCCGUUGGCUGGCCGGAUCGCUACUGUUCCAAUGAAGAUCGUUUGCCUUUUACAAUGUCAACUGACAGGAAUGCAAAUGAAAGACUAUUCGCUCCUCCAAGAUACUGAUAAAAUCAAAAGAUGUGCCAAGAGAAUUGUAAACGCUUUGGUUAGUCUUUUGUGGCUGGAUUCUAAAGAAAAGAGGGACCCGGUGGAACAUGACACAGUUUCGGAAAACAAGGAAUCAAACUUUGAAGUGAAUGGUACUCAUGCCGGAGAACAGACGUCGAAACAAUGCUUUCCAAAAGCGUCAUCAAACUAUUCGUUUGCACUGAAUUCCUUAGAAUUCAAGAAGACACUGCAAGUUGGCUGUUGGUUAAAUAGACCCCUUGCUUCUCUUCUCACCAGCCCAAACAUGACGCAAGAAGAUUUAGACAAGCUGGUUGUCGCCAAUUUGAUGACACUUUCGAAGGUAGAAAUGAUGAGCAGCAGAGAGUUGGAAGUCAUAGUGGGAAAACCUGCACCAUUUGGAUUGCAGCUUUUGGAAUACGUUAGUUCCAUUCCGAAAUACGUUCUGGAUGUGGCUGUACUGCCACCAUGCUUGGGCGAAACAAUAGUCCUACAGGUCACUGUCGGCGUUGCCAGGCCCUGUUCGUCUGACACGGCUAUCUUGUUAAUUGGUGACUCACGGAAUCAUCUGCUCGGAAAGUACUUUUUCAAUUUUUCAACCAAUUCGAACAGUUCAUUUAAGACAUUGCUUAAUCUACCGAGAAAAUCUGAGGAUGAAGUCCUUUCAAUCGCCGUGAUCAGCACAAAUUUCGUUGGUGUGGACUUAUACACUAAAUUUCCACUAAACUGCCAGCCGGGAAACGUUCUUCUUCCGAAUAAGUUCCUUUCGCUUGUGUCCGAGGCAUACGUUACGCCAGUGAUGCCGGAAAUAUCUAUUGGUUUCGUUGAUAAGUCUCCAAACUGCAUUGAGGAGAAAUCUAUUCACUUUGGUAAAAGAGUAAAAUGGCCAGUUGUCCCGUCAGAUACAAUUCAAGAAGCAAUUUCAAACUCUAAAAAGAUGAAGAAAAUGCCGUCCAGCACUUUCAAAGGUGGGCUAACUAAGAGCACACCCAAAAACAAAGCAACUCGAAGCUUAACCCUUGGAAGUUCGAAUGAAGACCCGAAGUCUACUUUUACGUGGACCCCAGCAACAGCCCCAAGAGUGCCCUUAAUACAGACGUCAAUGCUAGACUAUAUGAAAAACAGUAGCCAGAGUUCUCUAGUGACGAAAGAUCUAGUGGUCAUAGGAUCUGGUCCUGGAGGCUACGUCGCCGCUAUCAAGGCUGCGCAGCUCGGAAUGAAGACCUUGUGUGUAGAAAAAGACGAAACCCUUGGUGGAACCUGCCUCAAUGUCGGUUGCAUUCCCAGCAAAUCGCUUCUGCACAAUUCUCAUCUAUUCCACUUGGCCCAUUCUGGUGAGAUGGCGAAUCGUGGUAUUGAUAUUAACUCCGCCGUACUCAAUUUGUCAUCUAUGAUGAAGGCUAAGGAAAAAUCUGUUGCUGCACUCACUGGCGGUAUCGCUUACUUGUUCAAACAAAAUAAGGUGGAACACAUCCGAGGGACAGCUUCAAUUGCCGGUCCUAAUGAGGUUGUUUUAAAAAGACCAGAUGGCAAUGAGGAGAAAGUCAAAUCAGAAAAAAUUCUUAUCGCUACCGGUAGCGAAGUGACUCCUUUUCCUGGUAUUGAAAUUGAUGAACGCUCAAUUGUCUCGAGUACCGGUGCGUUAUCUCUUGCAAAAGUUCCCGAUCAUUUGCUUGUGAUCGGGGCCGGUGUUAUUGGAGUUGAGCUGGGAUCCGUGUGGAACAGACUCGGUGCCAAAGUCACUUGCGUCGAGUACUUGGGACACAUUGGAGGUUACGGCGUUGACAUGGAAGUGUGUAAGAAUUUCCAGCGCAUCCUGUCCAAGCAAGGCCUUAACUUCAUGCUUAACACCAAAGUCGUCUCAGCAUCCAGGUCAGGGGACAAAGUCUCAGUCAAUGUGGAAGGAGUCAAAGAUGGCAAGUCACAAGUAUUGGAAUGUGACACCGUAUUGGUGUGUAUUGGAAGGCGACCCUACACCUCCGGUCUAAACUUGGACAACGUUGGUAUUAAACUCGACGAAAAAGGCCGAAUCCCGGUUGAUAAACACUUCCGAACUUCUGUUCCGAGCAUUUAUGCCAUUGGUGACUGCAUUCCCGGCCCCAUGCUUGCCCAUAAGGCUGAAGACGAGGGCAUCGCAUGUGUCGAAGGCAUGAUGGGUGGCGCGGUGCACUUGGACUACAACUGCGUCCCUGGUGUCAUUUAUACUCAUCCAGAGUACGCUUGGGUUGGUCGAUCCGAAGAACAAUGUAAGGAUGAAGGUCUACCAUUCAAGGUCGGCAAGUUCCCGAUGUCCGCUAAUUCCCGCGCAAAAACGAUUGAUGAACCAGAGGGCAUGUUCAAGGUGAUCGCUCACCAAGAAACGGAUCGCAUCUUGGGAGUUCAUCUGCUAGGUCCCUCCGCUGGCGAAUUAAUUAACGAAGCAGCUCUUGCUAUGGAAUAUGGGGCUUCGGCGGAAGAUGUGGCUCGUGUUUGUCACGCUCAUCCUACCGUAUCGGAGGCGCUCAGGGAAGCCAGUUUGAUGGCAUUCUGUGGCAAAGCAAUCAACUUUGUUUAA